AUGGAGGACUGCAGAUCAUGGAGACUAUUGGACUGCAUUUACUACACAUUCACAUGGGACUCCUGCAGUCUCUACACUGGGAAUAUAAACACUUGGAAAAGUAUUUUGCUGCAGCUAACAACAUACCAUGUCUAUCUGAGAUUUCACCAUAGAUCUAUCACUCGUGGUUGUGACACUCAUUGGGGAAAUUAAUUGUUAUGAUUGGGAAAACCGUUAACACUGGUGUAUAGUAGGAACAUUUGGAUGUGGGUGAUGCAGUAUAAUUGCUAGCACCCCUUCACUGUGGUUCCACACUGACUCUUAAGAGGCCCAGGAUAAUAUUAACUGCAUCAGGUUAAGCUGUGAAUGGUUGUUACUUUUUCUGUGGUUUAGCAGGUGACCCCUGUUGGAUGUAGAGGGAGAGAACAGGCACCUGGGAUUGCGCUCAGCGUUUUCCCCUGCCUUCAAGCAAACCUCUGUCAUUUUAACAUUUUAAUACAUUUGAUACUUAUCUUCCAAAUCUAAAAGUGAUUGUAUUCCUCAUUUAGAUUCCAUAUAUAAAAUGUAUGUGCUCCUCAGCUAGGCUGACUGCAAUGGCCUGUCAUAAGAGUUGGUGGAGGUGUGUGUCUGUCUGUGUGAAGUUCCCAUUCAUGCAUGUAAGGGAAUGUGGGAAGUUUAGGAUGCUCCUAUGGAGGCUUUGCUCUGUAAACAUGCAGUGUUUUAUAAUAACCACAGCACUCACGUUUCUAACUCCUUUAAGCCUAUAUCAUGACUGCAGAGGGAGGACAGGUCAGGACAGUGCAGCUUGGCUGUGCGUGUCUCAACCAUGCACCACCCAACCUUUAACCCAAGGGACCAAGACCCCUAUUCCAGGCGCACCCAGUGAUGGUACAGUCUGCAGGCCUGGAUCGGACCCUUCUUUCUCUGUGAAUGUGUGUAUGACUGUUAACUGGGAUCUCUUCUGUUACCUAUUUAUUCCUUGUCUUUGGUGUGUCCUGUUUAUAUAUUUUUUUUACAGUAAGUUAUUUUGGGCCAAAACCAUGAGGCUGAACCAACACCAUGCGUUCUUAAUUCAGAGACGGAGUAGAUAUGGGACAUGACGGUGUGUCCUCACAACUAACUCUCAAACUCUCUGCUCUUGACCACAUUACUGGGCUAAGGAUGUUGUUUGUUUGUUUUGUAUUUAUUUUGUGUUGUUCAUACUUUGUUUUCGACAAUGUGCCUGUGUGAAUUUACCGUGUUUGUGGGUGUUUAUCUUGUGCCUCAGAUCUUCAGACUUGCAGUAGCAUUCAGUUGGUUUGGCUCCGAUGUUGAGAACUUGACAGAAGCUCUUACCUCUAGACUGGGAGUGACUUUUGGACCGGUGUACAGCCUACAGUACGGUGGAGAGAGCAGAGCGGGUAUGUGUCAGUGUGUGCAGUGUUUUAGUACUCGACUGGUCUCUGUCUCGAGUCCAGUCUCGAGACCACAUAUUGAGUGUCUCGGUCUUGUCUUGGUGUCGGGAACAUUUGUACUCUGUCUUGACUCGGUCUCGGACAGUGAGGACCCGUAAUUUCUUGCGAAGACCAACAGAGUAAAAACAUUUAUAAUUAUCAGCUUCCAUUCAGUCAGCGCAUAAAACCGCUUCGCCAGGCCAAAUAUACAGUGCAUUCGGAAAGUAUGACGUUUUCCACAUUUUGUUACGUUACAACCUUAUUCUAAAAUUGAUUACAUUUAUUAUUUAUUUCCUCAUCAAUCUACACACAAUACCCCAUAGUGAUAAAGCGAAAACAGGUUUUUAGAAAGUAUUCAGACCCUUCGCUGAGAGACUCGAAAUUGAGCUCAGGUGCAUCCUUUUUCCAUUGAUUAUCCUUGAGAAGUUAAUACAACUUGAUUGGAGUCCACCUGUGGUAAAUUCAAUUGAUUGGACAUGAUUUGGAAAGGCACACACCUGUCUAAAUAAGGGCCCACAGUUGACAGUGCAUGUGAGAGCAAAAACCAAGCCGUGAGGUUGAAGGAAUUGUCCGUAGAGCUCUGUGACAGGAUUGUGUCGAGGCACAGAUCUGGGGAAGGGUACCAAAAAAUGUCUGCAGCAUUGAAGGUCUCCAAGAACACAGUGGCCUCCAUCAUUCUUAAAUGGAAGAAGUUUGGAACCACCAAGACUCUUCCUAGAGCUGGCCGCCCAGCCAAACUGAGCAAUCGGGGGAGAAGGGCCUUGGUCAGGUAGGUGACCAAGAGCUCCAGAGAUGGUCACUGACAGAGCUCCAGAGUUCCUCUGUGGAGAUGGGAGAACCUUCCAGAAGGACAACCAUCUCUGCAGCACUCUACCAAUCAGGCCUUUAUGGUAGAGUGGCCAGACGGAAGCCACUCCUCAGUAAAAGGCACAUGACAGCCCGCCUGGAGUUAGCUAAAAUGCACCUAAAGGACUCUCAGACCAAGAUUCUCUGGUCUGAUGAAACCAAUAUUGAACUCUUUGGCCUGAAUGCCAAGCGUCACAUCUGGAGAAACCUGGCACCAUCCCUACAGUGAAGCAUGGUGGUGGCAGCAUCAUGCUGUGGGGAUGUUUUUCAGCGGCAGGGACUGGGAGACUAGUCAGGAUUGAGGGAAAGAUGAACGGAGCAAAGUACAGAGAGAUCGUUGAUGAAAACCUGCUCCAGAGCGCUCAGGACCUCAGACUGGGGCGAAGGUUACCUUUCAACAGGACAACGACCCUAAGCACACUGCCAAGACAACGCAGGAGUGGCUUCGGGACAAAUCUCUGAAUGUCCUUGAGUGGCCCAGCCAGAGCCCGGACUUGAACCCGAACAAACAUUGCUGUAGAGACCUGAAAAUAAACUGCAGCGACGCUCCCCAUCCAAUCUGACAAAGCUUUAGAGGAUCUGCAGAGAAGAAUGGGAGAAACUCCCCAAAUACAGGUGUGCCAAGCUUGUAGCGUCAUGCCCAAGAAGACUCGAGGCUGUAAUUGCUGCCUAUGGUGCUUUUCUUUUUUUUAUUUAACCAGGUAAGCCAGUUGAGAACAAGUUCUCAUUUACAACUGCAACCUGGCCAAGAUAAAGCAAAGCAGUGCGAUUUAAAAACAACAACACAGAGUUACAUAUGGAAUAAACAAAAUGUACAGUCAAUAACACAAUAGAAAAUCUAUAUACAGUGUGUGCAAAUGUAGUAAGUUAUGGAGGUAAGGCAAUAAAUAGGCCAUAGUGCAAAAUAAUUACAAUCUAGUAUUAACACUGGAGUGAUAGAUGUGCAGAAGAUGAUGUGCAAAUAGAGCAAAAAUAAAUAACAAUAUGGGGAUGAGGUAGUUGGGUGGGCUAAUUACAGAUGGGCUGUGUACAGGUGCAGUGAUCUGUAAGCUGCACUGACAACUGAUGCUUGAAGUUAGUGAGGGAGAUAAGUGUCUCCAGCUUCAGAGAUUUUUGCAGUUCAUUCCAGUCAUUUGCAGCAGAGAACUGGAAGGAAUGGCGGCCAAAGGAGGUGUUGGCUUUGGGGAUGACCAGUGAGAUAUACCUGCUGGAACACAUACUACGGGUGGGUGUUGCUAUGGUGACCAAUGAUCUAAGAUAAGGCGGGGAUUUGCCUAGACGUGAUUUAUAGAUGACCUGGAGCCAGUGGGUUUGGCGACUAAUAUGUAAUGAGGGCCAGCCAACGAGAGCGUACAGGUCACAAUGGUGGGUAGUAUAUGGGGCUUUGGUGACAAAACGAAGUACUGAGUAAAAGGUCUUAAUACUUAAUACUUACGUUCUAAAUUAGCAAAAAUAUUUAAACCUGUAUUUGCUUUGUCAUUAUGGGUAUUGUGUGGAGAUUGAUGAUUUAAAAAAUGUAGUUUUCCAAUUUAGAAUAAGGGUGUAACGUAACAAAAUGUGUAAAUAGUCAAGGGGUCUGAAUACUUUCCGAAUGCGCUGUAUACACUCUUUUCUUGAAACAUUAAUAUCUUAACAGCCUUUAUAUCUAUUAUAGACAUGUUUGCGCAGUGGCAAACCUAUAGGCAUCCAGUGUGUGACAGGUUCGUGAUUCUGUAAGGACAGCAACCGUAAUACCAGCGCACUCAUGUAGGAGUGCAUUUUUUGUAAAACACAAAGGGCCAGUGGUAUAGUUGAGGGUAUACGCAGGUAUAAGCCGUAUGUGUCUGUGUGAAUCAGAAAUCUAUAGGAAAACCGUUUGGGAACUUUUAGGCAAAAUUAGAGUAUACCCACUUCACCAGGCACCACUGCAUAGGGCCGAUGGAAAGACAACAGUCACACACAACAUGAUGUUAAAGGAUAAGCAGUCCAUAAACUCGGACAUAAAAAGCCAGUAGGUCCCAAUCAUAAGAAUACAAAAACACAACCAUUAAUAAUUUCCCAAUCGAAAUGUACAACUAUUACUUCCCAUUGCAACACUUCACAUUUAGCACACAAAGUAACCGGUGACCUAAAGUUUAAAGUGGAACUGACAGCGUUUUAACUACUUUGCAGAUAUGAAACAAAAAGGACAAUCAUAAUAUCAGUAAAAAAUAUCAAAUUACCAGUUCAUGCUACAAAACCAACUUUAAGAGUUUUUUUUAAAUAAGUUAUAUUUGACUCAAAGUUCCAUGAUGUACACUAAGGCAUUGUUGGCAGAAUAGAUGGAUGCAGUUCAAUUCAUAAUUAAUAUAAUUCACCAAUACAUUUGUUGGUAGUCCAAAAAAUAUUGCUAUCAGGUUGUAAAUCACAGCUGGCCUGGUACAUUGUUUGCUGCCUCGAUUCGGGAUGCACUGUUUCAGUUUCAAUGACUCAAUAUUCUGGACAAAAACGGACGAAUGUAACUAAGGCUGGGAAUGUCAAUACAAUUAAACUAGCAAGGGCAAUGAUCACAAGUCAGUCAUAACGUGGCUAUAAUGAACAUCGUUAUGUUUGGAGGAAAAAGGGGGUGGCUUGCAAGCUGAAGAACACCAUCCCAAGCGUGAAGCAUGGGGUUGGCAGCAUCAUGCUGUGGGGGUGCUUUGCUGCAGGAGGGACUGGUGCACUUCACAAAAUAGAUGGCAUCAUGAGGAAGGAAAAUUAUGUGGAAAUAUCGAAGCAACAUCUCUCAAGACAUCAGUGAGGAAGUUAAAGCUUGGUCGCAAAUGGAUCUUCCAAAUGGAUAAUGACCCCAAGCAUACUUCCAAAGUUGUGGCAAAAUGGCUUAAGGACAACAAAGUCAAGGUACUGGAGUGGCCAUCACAAAGCCCUGACCUCAAUCCUAUAGAAAAUUUGUGGGCAGAACUGAAAAAGCGUGUGCGAGCAAGGAGGCCAACAAACCUGACUCAGUUACACCAACUCUGUCAGGAGGAAUGGGACAAAAUUCACCCAACUUAUUGUGGGAAGCUUGUGGAAGGCUACCCAACACGUUUGACCCAAGUUAAACAAUUUAAAGGCAAUGCUACCAAAUACUAAUUGAGUGUAUGUACACUUCUGACCCACUGGGAAUGUGAUGAAAGAAAUAAAAGCUGAAAUAAAUUAUUCUCUCUACUAUUAUUCUGACAUUUCACAUUCUUAAAAUAAAGUGGUGAUCCUAACUGACCUAAGACAGGGAAUUUUUACUAGGAUUAAAUGUCAGGAAUUGUGAAAAACUGAGUUUAAAUGUAUUUGGCUAAGGUGUAUGUAAACUUCUGACUUCAACUGUAUGUAAGUGUUUUUUUUUUAAGUGUCAUUCUUCCUGGGGGUGUAUAUGAACAGAUCUUAAUCAGAUUUAAUGUUGCUAAAAUGCUUGUCAGUUCCACUUUAAAUGCAACAAUGUUUCACACUAAGUUAUUUUCAAGAGAUGGCUAACAGCAAGCACACUGCAAUAAAAAACACAGUUCCACUCUCCAGAUGAUAAUUUGAAACUUAACUUCUUGUUGAAAGUUAUUCUUGAAAGGGGAGGAGCUAGCAAAUUAGCAACAACAUCCUCUUUCAUAACACCUGCUGCAAACUAGCUGACAACAAAAGCUAGCUAGCUAGACCGUGGGAAAACUACUGCUCGCUAUUGCGCAGUGUUCUGUUGGCCUUCAAGAAGGCAGAAGUUACCAUAUGUUUUUGUAAAAAUGGCCCCACUCAUUAAGUCAAAAUGUAAUUGGUUGAUUCUACUGUCACUACAAAAAUGUUCCCUUAUACAGCUGAAUGGCAGAUGCCUUUAUCUAGCUUCUAAUGGCCUAGCAAAUGGCUGACUUAGCUAGCUAGAUUUAUCUCCCCAGAGACCAACAAAGAAAAAUCCUGAUUGGAUCUUUUUUUCUCUUCAGUGUUAACCCUUUCCUUCCAUCAAACCUGAUGAUUAAAUCAGAACAUUAUUUAAAAUAUUAUUAUUAUUAUUAUUAUUAUUAUAAUCAUUAUUUUAUAAAUCCUUAGCCCUUCUCUGAAGGCGUGGAAGGCCCAUUGUUCCCCAGUGUGUUUGGAUUAGUAAUAACUUGUAGAGUGGCUCUAUUUUCCCUCAGCAGGCAUUGUUUAAUGAUUCUGAAUGUCUAAAGUAUCCAUAAGUUGUUCUGAAAUAUGAACACAGAAAUACUGGACAUUUUGAACUCUCAUUAUGGUGGUGAUUUGACAAUUGCAAUCAUGGUCUUGAAUUGGACUCACAUUUUUCUGGUCUUGUUCUUGACUCUGUCUCAGACCCCUUGUACCCCUCACGGUCUCGGGCUUGACUCGGACUCGAUUUGCUCCGGUCUUGGUCUUGAAUCGGACUCGAUUUGCUCCGGUCUUGGUCUUGAAUCGGUCUCGCUUUAACACAACACUGAGUGUGUGUUUGUCUUAAUGCUCCUGUAAGUAAGGAGUGGUGAUAAAGUAAAUGUGAUGAUGUUGAACGGUUUGAGUAGGAUGUUGUUGGUUGAUACAAAGUAAUAACUGACUGAGGGGUUUGGUAAACGGUGGUACAGGUUGUCCUUAGUUCAACAGAGGGAUUUUAGUACUUUACAAAAACUAAAAUGACUGGCAAAUUAUGGACUUACAUUACCAUUAAAAAUGUUUUUACAAUAAAGUUUGUAAAACACUGAAAUAACAGAUUUUGUCUCUGAACAAAGACCUUUCUGUUUUGUCAAUUUAGUAGGGUUGUAAUGCGUUGUAGCAGAGUUUUUAAAAAGGUAUGUUCCCUGGAAUCGAACCCGGGCUGUGGCGGUGAGAGCACCGAAUCCUAACCACUAGACCACCAGGGAACUGCUGGAGCAUAGAAUACUUGCACAAAUAAGUCUCUUGGAAUGGAGGGGGCAGACGAUGAGAGUUAUGAGGCAGGGGGAGGAUUCUCUGAGAUCAAAGGUCUCGGUAAUACUCUAGACUGCCAACAGGGUACACAUUCUCACAGUGACAGUGGGCCCUCAGUAAACAUUAACAGGUGCAGUGAGAUGUACGUCACUGAGUGAGGACACAUUUCUCCCCAUAGAGUAGACUGACUCAGAGAGUAAUGUCUCAGUACCCGCAAAUAGACCCCUCACAUAAUUCCCUCACUACACUGACUUUUCAAGCAUUCAAAAUGACUCAUAGACUUAUUAUUGAAACACAAGCCUGGCUCUCAAACACUUUUUGACUCCUGUCCUUACUCGCUUGCCAUUAUUAAAUCUCUAAACCUUUAGGUAAUCCAUUCAGAAAAGUAUUUUUGACCUCAGGGUUAAUGUGAUGGAAGAUGAACUCUGCAGGGUAGCCUAGAGGUUAGAGAGUAACCGAAGGGUCCACUGGUUGGAAUACCUGAGCUGACAAUGAGUGAUAAAUCUGCCAAUGUGCAAUUGAGCAAGGCACUUAACCCUCAUUUGCUCCAGGGGUGCCAUACUAUGACUGUAAAACAACACAUAUUACUGAGUGGUGUGGCUUCCCAGAGUGAUUUCUGUUCCUUGAAAUCACUCCUAGCAGAAUGUUGUGGGGAAAGGACUAUGUGUUGUCUCGUUCACUCAGCUGUUCGCUGUAUCCACAUCGUAAACGAAGGAAGACCCGUUCCAGCUGCACAAUCACUCACGUCAGACCUAAUAAUACACCCUGACAACGGACACAGAGCGAGAGAGGGAUAGAAACAGAGGAGAGUGGGGGUCCACUGACUCACUCCCAGGGUCAAUAAGCGAGAAUAGCCCCCUGAGGAUCUGGGGGCAUAAAUACAAUGGACUGGACAGAGCGGAGCAGUCCAAACACACACACACACAGCUCCACUGACCAGAACUCUGGGAUUAAGACACACAACCCACACACCAUGUCUCAGGUAAGCAAACUUCCAUGUAUCCUACUGUGCUGACCUACUGUAUCAUCUAUAUGUCGCAGUUUUUGAUGACAGCUACAUUUACAUAUAUUAUUUCCUAUGUUAAGGAUUCCACAAUGUUUACUUUAGAAUAGAAAGAUUGUGAGACAAAUCAGAGGGAGAGUUGGAGGAUAAGGGAAAUCCAGAAAGGUGUGAGAUUUUGCCCUGUCUUUAACCUCCAUUCUCUCUCCUGCCCUCCAUAGCCCGGUGAGGUAAAGAAGAAGAAGCGUCCUGUGAUGAAGGAGGAAGACUUGAAAGGAGCCCGCAGCAAACUGGGGCUAAAGGGCGAGCCCAAGAGUAAGACUUAUGAGGUCAUGGUAGAGUGUGGUGAGUAGAAGCUUUACCACUCCACACUGUGUAAUCGGCACAGCGUUUUACACACUGGCACUACUGUAGGUUUCCAUUCUGGCUCUACAGACUCAGUAUCUAUAGUACUGUCGCUUGCCUAACAUAAUUUUUUCCACUUGUGUGAGCCUGUCAAAUACAAGUAAUGAAUCACUUUCAUAUGAAAGGCAACUGACUGCAUUCACCCUUUUGAUAUUGAUCAGUUGUAGACACGAGUGUAGGGAACAUAUCAGGGAGAAUAAAGUGAGACGUGAGCUUGGUUAUACUUUUUAGAAUGUUAUCUCUGAACUCUGGCAUGUUCACCAGCUCAGACUGAGUUGGUGACAAAUAGUUUCCACUCCUUCUAUAGAGACUGAAUCUUGUAUAAUCAGUCUGUAAUACUGAGGGUAUAUACAUUUAGUUGGUGGCAAGAUUAGAGAACUAGGAAGGAGGAUAAAAUACAACACAAUACAGCAUUUCUUCUAAAGAUUAUAGACACAUUUCAGUGUAUUGGUUUGUCAGUAUGUGUGUAUAUUGCAUCAUGUUUCUGUGGUAGUGCUUGGCACGCCCCACUAUCUUUGCUGACAGCCUUGUCUCUGUCCAUCCACAGAGCGUAUGGGGAAGGUGGCUCCCUCUGUUUUCAGUGGGGUGAAGUCUGGAGGAGAGACAGUACUGGAGAAGCCUAAAGCCCCAGGAGCCAGCAUCUUUGGCAAGUAG